AUGACGUGCUGCAACCUGUUUGCUCGCACCCUGCAUCCCCCUGCCUUCUACUUGGUAGAGUUGCUGGUGACGGAAAAUGCUUCUGAGGACUGUGGUAACACCUACCCCUCAGAAGCAGGCUGCAGCAGUCAUCCCUCCUACGCGCUGUGCCUGGCCUCCCUGCAGUCGUGUGACAAGCUUUCCUACCGCUCAGAUGGGAAGUGCUGCCGAUAUUGUGAACCCGGUUUUCAGAUGGUGAAGCGUUGUACCUAUAAAGACGACACUACGUGCAAACCCUGUGCCAAGGGGCUCUUCAACAAGGGCUUCAGCAAUGACUUCUGUGAACCCUGUACUCAGUGCAAUGUUGGGACCGGGAGUCAGGUCCGCAAGAAUUGCACAACGUCCAGUGACACCGAGUGUCAAUGCAUCCCAGGGACCCAGCCUGUUGAAACCUUCAAGUGGGGAGUGGAAUGCACCCGUUGUCCCCCAGGACACUUUUCUCCUGGAGAAAACACCAUGUGUAAACCUUGGACCAAUUGUACGGCGAUGGGCAAACGGACCUUGCGAGCCGGUAGUGGCAGGGCAGAUGCUGACUGUGAGGAUGCCAGGACGUCAGGGCCUCCCCGAAGCCCCCCAACGUCCUCUCGGACCACAACCGCCACCAGCUCCUCCUCCACCGUGCACUUGAGGGUCACCACACAGAGCCUAGGAACGGUUAACACUCUACAGCCCCGCCCUGACAAGCCCUGGUCCCUAUUCUUGCUCAUCUUCCCGGUGCUGUUGGUGUCUGCCUUGGUUGUGUUGGGGCUGGGUGUCUGCUUGUCCAGGCAGCUGCCUGCCAUUUGGAAGCCCCCAGGUACCAGACCAUGUCCAUCUAAUCAGCUGAGGGACUGCACCUGUGCCACACCAGGAGAGUUCUGUCAUGAUUCGGACUGUAAAAACUGCAGGAAGCAUACAUGCUCCCCCGGCCAAAAGGUCCUUGUCCACGGGAAGUUUGUUUUCAGCUUUACUUGUGAGGACUGUGGAGAUGGGACCUACUCGGAUGGCACUGAUGGCAAAUGUCUUCCCUGGACCAACUGUGCCAGGAUGGGAUUUCUCACUGUCCGUCCAGGGAACAGAACCCAUAACGUGCUGUGUGGCAUGGCUUCACCAACAGCGUCAGGUGUCUUCAAUUCCUGUAGCAUCCCAGUGGUGGUCCUAACAGGCUUAGCCACACUUAUCUUCGUGCUUGUCAUUAUCCAGCUGGUCCUCUACAUUCAGUGGGUGAAAAAGGAACCCUCCACCAAAGACAGAGAGCCCAUCUUGCCCCUGGGGCCUGGGCCCCCUGAUGAUAUCGGCAACUGCCCUUUUCCAGAAGAGGAGUGGGGAGAGAAGACAGCAGAGGACAAAGCCCACAUGGGCCAUCCGUGGGUAUAAAGGAGCUGCUCUGACUCUCAAGCCCAGGAGAGUCUGGAACUUUGAAGGAGACCCCUGCCCCCGGAAGCACAGGAGAGAGGGCAGCUUCCUGUCUCUCUGUCCCCUCUUUUCCCCUACAAGCUGGACAGGGUCAGCGUGCCAGACUAAGAACCCUCAGAAUGUGAGAUGGUUGGAAGACCUUGGACCAGUUGAGUGGAAACCAAAGGCAGCAUCAAGGCCGGUGGAGGGUGGGGGGAGGGGACUGGUGUGGUGACACCCAAACUCAGACCCUGGCACUGAAGGAGAAGGAGGAGGAAGGGGAGAACCAGCCCUCUGGCACCUUAAACUGUGAAUAUAUCAACUCCCCCAAGUGGAUGUGGGGUAGGGCCCCAAGGGGCUGGCCCCCCCAGACAUGAUAUUUCUUCUCCCACCUCCAGACCUUUGCCUAGGCCAGGUCCCCAUUCCUGGAAUGUUCUUCCACCUUUUACAAUCCCUUUUCUUGUUGUCCAAAUGUUUAUGACCUCAUGGAAGGGUAGUGGUUCUUGGCAAAGAUACUGGAGUAAUUUGCUAUUUCCUUCUCCAGCAGGAGACAAACAGGGAUAAAUGACUUGCUCAGGGUCACACAGCUAGUUAGUGUCUGAGACCACAUUUGAACCCAAGUCCUCCUGAUUCCAGGGCCACCACCUAGUUUCCUUCAAAGCACAGAGGACUGGACUGUGGGAGAGGGGGAGGAGAAGGUUGAGAGACAAUGAUCCUUGAUCUUUUUGUUGGCCUUAGUGUGUGGGUGGAUCAAUUUCCACCUGCCUGAGGAACAAUUGAAACUGGAAUAUCAUUUGUGACCCUGUGACUAGACAGCUAAAUGGGAUAGUCUGGAAGUCUUGAGUUCAAAUCCUGCCUCUGACACUUGUCGUGUGACCCUGGGCAAGUCAUUUGACCAUUCUCAGACUUGGUUCUCCCUUCUGUAAAAUGCAGAUCAUGGCACCUACCUCGUGGGAUUAUUGUGAAGAUUAAGUGAGAUCACAUGUAUUCAAAGAUGUUGCAAACCGUGAAUAACUACUAUUAUGCAUAAAUGAUUAUUAUCCUUAGGUGUCUGGUGGCAGGUUCCAUCAGUGACUUAGUGGGGAUGUUCAGUUUGUCAGUUUCAGCAGCAAAGGCUUCCCUUCCAGUGAGGGAAUCCCUCCCCUCCCCCAGGGCUGCUCCACCUGUGCCCAGAGUGCUCCCAGGCUGCUCCCUUCUUUGUCAAGGGCAAAUUUCUCUUCUCUCCUCAGGGACCCUGGCCUAGCAGUCUUCUCCUUCUGGCUCCUUUUUCUUUGCUUCAAAUAUCAAUCAUUAAUUCGCAGAGCACUGGAAGAUUUCUACUUUCUCUUCUUGCCCUCUUACCUCCUUGCGGAUGGUAUUGGCUUUCUGCUACCCCCCUUCCACCCCUUUCCUCCAUUGAUCCCAAUUUCCUCAAUGUAGGGAGCUCCCAGGUGAUGAAACUCCCUCCACCAAGGUCGGUUGUCACCUCUGCAAUUUACACAACCGAAUCAGGUUAUACAUUGGAGAUUUGUCAGGGUAAGAGUUGAACCCUAAUCUUCUUGGCUCCAAGGCUAGAUCAUUGUCCCUUUGUCACCCUGCCUCUUUGGCCAAGUUUACCACAUCUUAUGGGUAAGGAGCCUGAGUUUCAGCAAGGAAAGGGAAGGUACCUAGUGAGUGUCCAAAGCGGCAUUUGAACACAGAUCCUGCCUGACUUAAAGACCUGCACUCUUCCCACUACCAUGAUCUCGCUAUGAUCUCUUUCCAUUGUGCUUUGUUCUGCCUAGAGUCCUUUUCUUCUUUCAGACCCUCAGUGUGCAGGUGAUGAGUCCUCCAUGGAACCUUCCCUGUCAAAAAUCAGCCAGACUUGACCUAAGUCUCUGAGCCCCCAGGGAGCUGACAGUUAACUGUUGUUUCUGCCUCCCUAACCUCCCUCUCUCAGAAGUCUCCCUUCCUCCACCCACAGGGACAUGACUCCGGUUCAGAUCCCCACUACCCUUCACUGGGACUACCGCAAUGGCCCAUGCGAAAAAUGACUGUCUUUCUUGCUUUGAGUCUCAAAGAAAGUGGUUUGGGAGAGUGGAAAGGGUGCUGACUCUGGAGCCAAAGUCUUGGGUUUGAAUCCUGACUCUUCUAUUUACAACCUGGGUGACCUUGGGUAAGUCACUUCUCUAGCCCUCAGUUUCCUACUUAUAAAAUGGGCCAGAUGAUGCAAGAGGAAGAAUGCUGGGUUUGGAGUCAAAGCACCUGGGUUGCAACCCCACCUCUGCUUCUUACUAUCCAUGUAACUAUGAACAAGUUACUUGACCUUUCUGGGCCUCAGUUUCCCCAUCUCUAAAAUGAGAGAGUUGGAUGAGGUGGCUUCCAGCUCUAAAUGUAGGGCCUUGAUGGUGCUACUCACUGUCCUGGUCAGUAAACGCUAGUGGUUUCCUAUUGUUACUAGUAACAAUCUUUUUGACUUUUUUUGUAUUGUUUUGUUUUGUUUUGGGGUUUUUUUUUUUGGCAGGACAAUGAGGGUUAAGUGACUUGCCCAGGAUCACACAGCUAGUAAGGGUCAAGUGUCUGAGGCCGAAUUUGAACUCAGGUCCUCCUGAAUCCAGGGCCGGUGCUUUAUCCACUGAGCCAACCUAGCUGCCCCAUCUUUUUGACUUUUGAAGGCCACACAACAUGGCCCUAAACUACCUUCUUAUACAUUCCCUUCCUCACACUUUAUGGGCAUGCCAAAGUGGCCUUCCUAAUCUUCCUCAUCUCCCUUCUCCAGGAGUUUGCACUGACUGUCCCCCUUGCCUGGAGUGCACUCCCUCCUCCCCCUCUUUGCCUCUUCCAACCCCUUGUCCCUUUCAAAACUCUACUCAAGCACCACCUUGCACAUGAAUCCCUUCCUGAUCUCCUCAGUUCCUAGUGGUCCCCACCCAAAUGACUUUGCAUUUAUUGUGUUUAUACUUCUAGGUGUACUUGUGUCUCAGAUAAAAUAGGACUUCCCUGAGGUCUGAGGUGAAUUUGUUUUUUGUACCCGUAUCCCUAGCUCUAAGCCUGGUGUAAAUAAUUAGUGCUUGUUGUCUGAUUGAUAAACUUCUCUUCAACACUUGCCAUAUUCUCUGCUUUACCGUGUGAUAAAGUAAAAUUGUGGCUUU